GGUAGAAAUGAUGACACCCAUUGUUGCCUUGUUUCUUUAGUUUCCUUUCGUUGACUGGAGCUGCGGGUGUUUUGCUGAACAUGGCAGUGGCAGAGGUUCAUAAAGUUAUCAUUUAUGGAGGGAAAGGAGCUCUGGGCUCAAAAUGUGUUCAGUAUUUCAGAUCGAAACAGUGGUGGGUUGCCUGCAUUGACUUAAAUGCAAAUGAAGAGGCCAAUGCCAAUAUCACAGUUCAAAUGACAGACUCCUUUAAUGAGCAAGCCAGCCAGGUUACAGCUGAUGUAGGUGAGCUGCUGGGAGAAAAAAAGGUUGAUGCCAUUUUGUGUGUGGCCGGAGGCUGGGCAGGGGGCAGUGCCAAGGCCAAAGUGCUGUAUAAGAAUCUGGAUUUGAUGUGGAAGCAGAGUGUGUGGACGUCUACUAUCUCCAGUCACCUAGCAACCAAACAUCUGAAAGAGGGAGGGCUGCUCACACUGGCGGGGGCUAAAGCAUCACUUGGCCCAACCCCAGGUAUGAUUGGUUAUGGCAUGGCCAAGGCUGCAGUCCAUCAGCUAUGUCAGAGUCUGGGUGGACCCAAUAGUGGACUUCCUGCUGGAGCUGCUGCCAUAGCCAUCCUACCAGUUACUCUGGACACACCCAUGAACAGAAAAUCCAUGCCAGACGCUGAUGUCGGUUCUUGGACACCACUGGAGUACAUAGCUGAAUUGUUCUACAAGUGGGCAACAGGAGGAGAAAGACCAGCCUCAGGCAGCCUGGUGCAGCUAAUAACCACAGAUGGCAAAACAGAGGCAACAGCGAUUUAACUGUUUAUAAAUGUGUCUGUGGGUUAGAAUUGUGUGAUUGUGUGUUUAAAUAUUAGGGCCAGACCAAUAUAUGUUUUUCCUGUAAUAGCAGCUGAUAUUAAAGGCCCAUGGAUUUAUCAGUGAUGUUGAAAAUCCUGACGGUAAUAUUUUGCUGAGUUGUUUUUAUUGUGAUGAGCAGACACCUCUGAUGUGAGGAUUUAAGGAAAUGGUUUGGCAAAAAAUCAAAUAUAUGCAAUUUUCCACUUAACCCAGAUGUAGUUGACGAGCCAAGACAUGUUUUGCCUCUAAAUUUUGCUUGUUAGUUCAGCGCUGGAUCUACCAGCCUAACAUUGCUAAGAAACACUAGAAGUCAAUAGUCACCCAAAUCUUGUAAAUACAUCCCCAAAACUUCUCUCAACCUGCUCAAACUACAUCCAGGACUUCAUGAAAGUUGUCAAUGUGUGUCAGCUUUAAAAAUGAACAAAACUUCACCAUGUAGCUAAACACAGUGUGGAACUAUUGUGAUGCUAAAAUACUUUUGUGAUUUCCAUUGUUUAUAUACAGAUAUCUUCUGUUUGAAAAUGCAAGACUGACAGUUAUCUGUAAACAGAAACAGCAGAAAUCUGUACAUUUGAAUUUGGCACAGCAGCUCUGUUGUCUAAAAUGCCUGCCUGCUGCAUUCAGCUACACAGUGAAGUUUUCAUUUUAAUCAUUCACAGUAAGUCAUAUUGUGCUCUAAAUCACAUGGACAAGUCUACACAACCUUAAUGAGUUUUCUGCAUGUACCAUUUGGGUGACUAUUGACCUUUAUUGUUUGUUAACAACGUUACCCUCGUAGCUCCAGUUUAAAACUAAAGAAACAAAUUUCAGAGACCAAACAUGUCUUGGAAGAUUGACUACAUCUAGGGUACGUGAAGAAUCGCGUAAAUGAGAACUAUUUCUUAACGCAUUUAAGCUCAUAAACUUGUCUUUAUCUCCAAGACCUCUAAGCUGACAAUCACAACAUUUAUCUGAAGUGAUGAAGAAAUAAAAAGGAUAUCCGACAAAAAAGAACCAAUUAGCAGAAACCAACAAAACCGCUAAGCUAACAGUGCUGGGAAGCUCUGACCCUGUGCUAGAAUAUUUAAAUUAUUUUGGUUCUACUGUUUAUUUUAGUUUAAGUAAUGUGAAAACAGUCAUAUUUGUCUACUCAUGCUUGUUUAUCUAAACUAUUAUUUUUUGCCAUAGAAAGCUGAUAUUAUCAGCUGAUAUAGGUUAUCUGCUCCUUAAAAUCAAUAUCACAAAAUGCAUUACUAAAAGUUUGGGUGCCCAUUUUCCAAAGUAAAAUGAAGACAUCCUCUUCAGAGAAGACACUUCUGUGCAUGAUAAUGCACAAUUAUUAUUUAUUUGCAGAAUUUUACGUAUUGGGGGG